UUACUUCCGUAACUAAUAUAUUUUACAUGUCAUAUGUCAAUGAAUGUCAAACUGAUCACCGUGGAUACUGUGGCGGAGAGGAAACUUAUGUGAACACGUACGGGUCGUAUGAGUGCCAAGAGCCCAAGGUUAAUAUUGUCCUUAUAGGUUUUAGCAGUGAUCUUGGAGCAUUGUUUCUACUUAUUGGUGCAUGGUUUCUAUACAAAUUCAUAACGAAAAGAAAAGCCUUUAAACGUAGAAAGCAGUUCUUCAAACGAAAUGGUGGUCUAUUGUUACAACAGCAAAUAUAUGCAGAGGAACUCAAUUUUGGAGCAAAAACCAAGUUGUUCAGCUCAAAAGAGUUACAGAAAGCCACUGACAACUUCAACCUAGACCGAGUUUUAGGUCAAGGAGGCCAAGGUACUGUUUACAAAGGAAUGUUGGCAGAUGGUAAAAUUGUUGCUGUAAAGAAGUCUAAAAUAGUUGAUGAAGAUAAACUCACUGAAUUCAUUAAUGAGGUUAUCAUUCUUUCCCAAAUUAACCAUAGGAAUGUGGUUAAACUACUUGGAUGCUGUUUAGAGACCGAAGUUCCACUUCUGGUUUAUGAAUUCAUACCCAAUGGUACACUGUCCGAGUACAUUCAUGACCAAAAUGAGGAAUUUCUUUUUACAUGGGAAAUGCGCUUGCGUAUUGCAACAGAAAUUGCGGGAGCUCUUUCCUAUUUACACUCCGCAGCUUCCUUUCCCAUUUACCACCGAGACAUCAAAUCAUCAAACAUACUCUUAGAUGAAAAGUUGAGAGCAAAAGUAGCAAAUUUUGGAACUUCAAAAUCAGUUGCCAUUGACCAAACACAUGUUACUACAAUGGUACAUGGUACAUUUGGCUAUUUGGACCCUGAGUAUUUCCAAUCAAGCCAAUUUACGGAUAAGAGUGAUGUUUAUAGCUUCGGUGUGGUGAUUAUGGAGCUCUUGACAGGACAAAAACCGAUUUGUUUAAAGAGGUUAGAAGAAGGACGAAGUCUCGCAACUUAUUUCAUCAUGUGCAUGGAGGAGAAUCGUUUAUUUGAUAUAAUUGAUCCUCAAAUCCUCAAGGAGGGAAAAAAUGAAGAGAUGUGGGGAGUUGCUAACCUUGUAAAAAGAUGCUUGUAUUUGAAUGGAAGGUACCGACCUACAAUGAAAGAAGUGGCAACGGAGUUGGAGGCUAUUCAGAAGUCAAUCAAAACUGUUGCUGAUCUACAGAGUUAUGAAGAAGUUGAAUAUGUGACGACUGAAAUAACAGAGCCUUGGGAUGUUUCCACCACAGUUGGGUCAAACCCGUCCACAUCUAUUGAUGUUGCUUUAUCGUUAGACGAAUCGCCACUGUUGUCUAAAUAAAAAUUACUUGUUUACUCUUCUUCAUUGUUCAUUUUCAUUCUCCGUUUAGAAAAUGGAUUUUCAUUAUUGUGACUUUUACUAGAGAUAUGUUUAACAAGUUGUUUUA